CGGGAGAAUUUAGGGGGUGAAGGUGAAGAAUGGUGGAAAAAAAUUUGUAAACAGCAGACGCAUUUGGCACAUCAACAAUUACACGUACUCAGAAAAAAGGCACUUACACCCUUCGUCACUUCAUGGUUUUCUAGUGUUUUGUGGUUUGCAGACAUUAGUAGGCUACGUUAAUCACGUCCCUUGCACUAAAGGCCAUCUAGCUGCAUAAUGAUCCUAUACACUAUGAUCGUCCGGUCGAAAGAUGGACUGGCUCUGUCAGCAUCUACCGACUUUAACGAUGAAGGUUUACGAGAUGUCAAAGAAAGCAAAAAAUACCUGAAAAUUUUGGCAAAAAAGACAUUUCAAUUUCCUGACAGAUGUAUGCUUAGCACAGGAAAUCAUACUAUAUAUUUGCUGACUGCGCUUGGCGUGUCAUAUUUAGCCCUGAGUGAUUUAUCUUACCCAACUGUACUAGGUUUCAGUUUUUUAAACGAAUUAAUGAAAGAAUUUCUGGGAAAAUAUCUAGCUUUGACUGUUAAUCAAGCAAGAAGACCGUACUCCUUCAUUGAAUUUAAUAACAUUAUACACUCAGCUCGUCAAAGAUAUAACAAACCUCAAAGUUUGUCAACAAGAAUUAAUUUGGCUGAACUGAGUGAAGAAAUACGCCUUCGUCCUCCACACAUAAUUACACUUGCAGAAGUUCAACCUUUAAACGGCUUUCACACAAUCAAUGUUUCAAAGGCUUCAGUUGGACCUCCUUUGAGGCUUGAGCCUGUUUCUUGGUUUGGAUACGGAAUCACUUUAAUAGCUGUAUUACUUUCUCUUAUUGAUAUUUUAAGAGCAGAGGCUGCCAGCAACUAUAGUUUUGAUGAUUUUGAUGGGCCAGGUGUUGCAUUUCAUUCUAUUAUAUUUGCGGUUGAGGCAGUCAUUAGAAUAUUGCAGGUGGCAAUAUUUUGGCAUGGAGGUAAAAGAUAUCUAAAAUACAUGUGGAUAAGUGUUGCAGUUCUCCUGUUGUCUGGUGUGUCUGUUUAUGACUUAAGAGAUAGAUGGCAAAAUGGGUUGCGGUUGUUUGUAACCGGAGCUUUAGUGUAUUUAACAAUCUGUAGAAAACAUGAAUUGCGUCUCCCUGACUAUAAUGUGUAAUUAGAAAUACCGUAAUUCAUGUGUGUCUGCACAACUUCCUACCAUGAGAUUUCAAUUUAUAGCGUACAAGAUAUUAUCUUUUGUAUAAGAUUUGUCACUAUGCAAAAAAAUAUUCUAGAUAACUAUUAAUUACUUCAAUGAACCAAGUCUUAAUCAGCUCAGAUAUGUAAACUAUUUUACCUCACCACAAACAUGUAUUUCUCUAAAUUUUAUGUAUCUCAUGAGAAGUGAGUGCUCCACCUUGGAGUCCUCCUUAUUUAUGUAAGACUGUCUUUGUAGUAAUGGAACCUCAAUCAUCAGAUUAGCUAUGUACUUGCAGGUUGUGGACCUGUGAUUGACACUCCUUUUGUAAUUAACCAAUCAACUCUCUUCAUCUCAUUGAUAUACAUCACGUAUUUUCAUAUCUUUGUAUCAAUAAGUUUUAUUUCCCGAUUCAGACACCAAUCACUGGAAAUAUGCAUUCCUGACCAUGAAUUCAUGCAGUUUCGGUUUAGCGUUACUCGCAUUUUUCUUCAUUCCUGUUUCUAGUCCUGUGAUAAUUUUUCAGUUAUUUUAUUAUCUUUGUUGACAUAUAUUUUCAACCGUCGAGGUAUUUUGCUUGCUGUGGGAUAUGAGAAUGACUUUAAUUUGUGUGGACUGUUUUCUAUUGUUAUGAAUUGGGUGAUUGUUUGUAACUACUGUAGUUUGUGAUUCUGCAGUUGACUGCUUCAUUCAUGGCAGCUCCAUGAACAGUAUGGGAACAAUCUGCAGUAAAAUUGUUUGCUAUCAGUACUUGUAAAAUUACAGUUUUGACCUGUGUGUCAAUGAAAUGUGCCUUUAUUGCACUUGUUGAAUUUUGAAAGUUUUACAUCCGCCAAGGACGUAUUAAAUAAUAAUUGUUAUUUUCAUGA